UUUUCUUCUUCUAAUCCACUUUUCCCUCCUCCUCCUCCUCCUCCUCCUCCUCCUCCUCCUCCUCAUUGGCUUUACCUUGUUUUGCGUGUAAGUCAAUUUUCACACCUCAAGGAAGUGAAGAAGAGGAGGAGGAGGAGGAAGAAGACCGAAGAAGAAGACCUCAGUUAACCACCACACUCCAUCGCGUACACAGGCUGAACAGUAGUGUGUGCGUGUGCGUGUGUGUGUGUACGUGUUUGUGUACGUUUUAUUGGUUCUAUGUACGUGUCCAGAUUAAACAAAAGGUCAACAAUAGCAGAAUUUCGCUAAACUCUUCAGUAACUUUUAUCCUUAGCGUCGGGCGCCCUAAACACUUCUUUGGUUAAGUAGGCGCUGAGUAAACACUGCGUGAGGCUGAAAAGUAAAGGAGAGGAAGAGAGACAUUGUGCUCGGCGUGGAGCAAAGAGCCGAGCCGCGUGACAUUGAGACAGACAGACAGACAGAUUGGGAGGAGACACGGCCCAGGGAACCGAUCACUGACACCUGAAGAAGAGCAAGAAGAGGAGUGAGAGGAAGAGGAAGAGGAAGUCAUCGUGUAAGGCUGUUCCCCCUCCACCAGUCCCACCAUCGUCAUCGUCAGCCGUGACUCAGCCUGAGCCUCGUCGUCACCCCCACCAGCAGGCGUGCGUGCGUGCGUGCGUGUCAUGGCCUAAACGCCCAGCCCGCGACGCGCCAUGAGCACCUUAGUGGGCGGCGCCCUGCCCUGGCUGGGAGUGGGCAGCGGCGGCGGAGAGGGGGUUGCGGCGCCCAGGCGGGGGUCGAUGAGGCUGGAGCGGCAGCCCCCCACCCUCACUGAGGAGCCCCUGCCCCCCUCCAACCCCAUGUCCAUCACCCAGCUGGCCACGCCCCUGCCGGACAACGCCGUGCCCCCCCCGGAGCCCGGCCCCCUCACCCCCGCCUCCCCUGCAGACGGCCCCGCCCCCCCCUCACCCUGCCGCGGGGGAACGUGGCCCCGCGGCAGGCCGGGGCACCAGCAGCAGCCGCAGCGAGGGGGGCAGGGCCGCAGGGAGGCCCCGGCCCUCGCCCCCUGCCCCCCGCCCAGACCGGGGGGCUGCGAGGGUCUUGCCGGGGGUCGGCGGGAGCGGCCCAAGUUCCUGCCCUUGGUGUCCCCGCACCGGCCGGCACAGCCUGGCCCCCCGGCCCCGCCCCAGCCCGCCCUGCGCCCCGUCCCCCAGGUCGCUCCCCGCCCAGCCCACCCACCGCCCCCGCGCCCCCUGCUCCGCGCCCACAGCUUCUCGCAGCCUGAUUACAGCCACGUGCGGCCCCGGGUGGACAGUCGUCCCCCCGCCCUCACCAGCCCCGGCACCGGGGGCGCCGUGCCCAGGCGAGGCGGUGCCGUCCGGGGCACCAAGAUGGGUAGUGACGGCUGCCCCGCCCCCAUGCACACCCACGGCCUCAGCCCCAAGCAGCCCCCGAGCGACAAGCCCCUCAGGCCGCCCUGGGGCUGCCUCACCACUGCCCGGCGCCGCCCCGAGUGGCGGCUGCCCACCCCCGGCGUGGCUCCGGUCACGGCGAGGCUGCGGCGCUGGGGGAGUGUAGGGGAUGAGGCCCUGCCCCGGGGGCCGGCGCGCCCACCCCCGGACAUGAGGAGUCCUGGCGUGGCGUGCUCGGUCAGCCACGGGGACCUGACCGCCACGCAGGCUGCGCCGCCUCGCCGGAACGCCCAACCGCCCCGCCCCCAGGCCGCCGCCGACCCCGCAGACCUGCCGGCCAGCCCCGCCACGCCCUUGGCCCCACAGCCUUGGGCUGGUCAGGCCUCCGGUAUUGACACGGACGACAGCACGCUGCCAGCAGAAACAAACGUCAUCAAGGUGUCAGCAGCACCAGCAGGAUGCCCCAGCAGGCCGACAGCAGAAAUGGCUGACGAAGCAGUGACCGCAUCAAAAGAAGAUGACUUGAUUUACCCGACAGCGGAAGUCAUCAGGCCGUCAGCAGGAAUGACAUGUGAAGGAGUGACUUCAUCUGAUGAGGAUGACCUGAGGUGCCCGGCAGCGGAACUGACAGACGAGAUCACCUCAGGGGACGACCUGAGGUGGUCGCCAGCAGACGAGGUCAUCAGGCCGCCAGCAGGAAUGACAUGUGAAGGAGUGACUUCAUCUGAUGAGGAUGACCUGAGGUGCCCGGCAGCGGAACUGACAGACGAGAUCACCUCAGGGGACGACCUGAGGUGGUCGCCAGCAAACGAGGUCAUCAGGCCGCCAGCAGGAAUGACAUGUGAAGGAGUGACUUCAUCUGAUGAGGAUGACCUGAGGUGCCCGGCAGCAGAACUGACAGACGAGAUCACCUCAGGGGACGACCUGAGGUGGCCACCAGCAGAAAUGACAUGUGAAGGAGUGACUUCAUCUGAUGAGGAUGACCUGAGGUGCCCGGCAGCAGAACUGACAGACGAAAUCACCUCAGGGGACGACCUGAGGUGGUCGCCAGCAGACGAGGUCAUCAGGCCGUCAGCAGGAAUGCCAUACGGUACAGUGACCUCAUCGGGAGGGGAGGACUUGAGGCUCCCGUCAGUGGAGAAUCAAGCCAGCGGGCCGCCAGCAGGAGAGGAGGACGUCCCUGAGCAGUCCGCGGCGGAGGAAGACACCGUGAUGGCGUCGGCCGGGGAGGCGGUGAUCAGCUCGUCGUCAGGGGACGAGGCAGGCGACGAGGACGAGGACGAGGUGUUUCGGCCCGUGGCUGGCGGUUUCCGGCGCGGGCUGAGCCGCAGCUGGCCCGGGAGUGAGUGGGGGGCGUGGGGCGGCGACAGCAGCAGCGACACCAGCCGCGCCAGCAGCCCCGCCCGCAGCCGGCGGCCCACGGGCAGCCUGACCAGCCUGCUGGAGCACGGCGGCGCGCGGUGGCUGGACGACAGGCACCCGCUGUGUAGCAGCCUGGCUGACCUGCCGCGGGCCGGCAGGCACUGCGGCGACGGCAGCAGGCUGGGGCAGCAGCAGCAGCACGGCGCCGCCUCCCGCCCGGGCGGCCUGGCGAUGCACUCCGGGUGGCACGCACUCCGCAGCAGCGUGCACCGCCGCGCCCACGCCACCCGCACGUGGGGCGCGCUGCGGGAGCACGUGCUGGAGCAGGUGAGCGCCAAGCGCGCGGUGCGGGCACGCCAGGACGGGGGCGAAGGUGCCAGCGAGUGGCCGCCGCGGGACGAGGCGCCCCCCCUGGCCCAGCCGCCCCCCACCCUCACCACCACGGUCAGCACACCCCCGGUGGCGCGCCGCCCCCCGCGCUUCAGCGAGAUUUUCGGCAGCGUCGGGGACGUGCGCGCCGCGCGCCGCAGCCUGAAGGACAGCCUCAGCGUGGACAAAAGCCUCAGCCUGGAGGAGCUGCCGCCCAGGACGCGGCGCACCAAGGGCCGACGGCGUCGCGGCGCGGAGCAGCAGCAGCAGCAGCAAGCAUCCCUGCGGUACGCCACGCCCACGGCCGCGGGGCCGGCGUGCGGGGCGGCGGGCGCGGCGGGGCUGCUAGAGGUGGUGGUGGCGGGGCUGGGGCGGCAGGAGACCAGCCCCGAGAGCGGCCUCGGCACUAGCUUCGAGGACAGCGCCGCCUCCUUCUCGUCCUCGUCGGCCGCUGCCUCGGGCAGCUCCUCGCCCGUCGCCACGCCCACGCCGCCCGCCGCCGCGCCGCGCCAGGUGUUCAGCGCCAUCUCUCACUACCUGUGCUCCGUGGACCUGGCAGAAAGCGAGGACGACAGUUUCAACCGCGAGGCCGAGGAGCUGCGGCCCGAGGACCUACUGCUGAUGACCGACACCGAGGACACGGUGACCUGGCGCGACCUGAUGGCGACUCCCCCCGCCCAUGACCCCGCCGACCCCCGGCCCGACCCCGACGACCUGGAGCUGCACUUCUCCGCCCCGCCCAGCCCAGCCCCGGACCCCCGCCGCCUGCCCCAGGAGCUGCGGGGCCUGCUGGGGGCUGCCGACUUCCCCCUGCACGGCCUGGCCUGGGGCUGCGCCGAACCCGGCCCCGCCACGCCGGCCCUAGCCACCUCCACCCCGCACGCACCAGACCCCGCGGGACGCGACCCCCCCUCCUCCCCGGACGACCCCUGGCCCUCCACGCAGCUGAUGGAGCGCCCCCACACACCCCAGGUGCCCCCCACCACCCCCACCACGCCCACGCAUGACGCCGCCACCCCCACCACGCCCAAGCGCGGCUACGCCCCGCCCCCGCGGCACGUGCCCUCCCCAACCCCCCCACCGUACGCCCCGGCAGCCACGCCCACCCAGGCCACGCCCACAACCCCACCCACCACGCCGGAGGAGGCGGAGGAGCAGCAGCAGGAGGAGGAGGAGGAGGGGAAGGAGGAAGAGGAGGACGCCAAGGAGUCCGCGGCGUGCAGGACCGACGCUGAGGCUGAGGCCGAGGGUCGCGGGCGCGGGCGCGAGGGCGGCGCGGCGGGGCGCGUCGCGUCGCGGGAGCGCAGUGUGAGCUGCAGCGACAACAUCCGCGCCUUCCUGCUGUCCCAGCCCUGCGCCGCCGCCCACGUCUCCGACACGCCCGUCGUCCACACUGACGCCCACUCCCACGCCUGCACAGACAAACACAUGCUGCCGGACGCUGUGGGGAAGGUGGAGGAGGUCGUCCCAACCACCCCCACCGCCUCCACCUCCGCCAUCACCGCCUCCACCACCUCCACCGCCUCCGCCCCCCGCCGCCGCCGCCGCCGCCCCCCGCCGGAGAAGAAACGCAGCUUCUGGUCCAGACUGUUCUGCACGGCCCCCAUGACAGUGGAGGGGUUGGUUGCGCCCCCGCCGAGCGACACGCCCCUCCACCAAUGGCUCAGACCCCGAACCCCUGCCGCCCCCAUCCCCCACGGCCCGCCCCCACCACCACUGCCGCCGCCGCUGCCCCGUCCCCCGCCCCCUCCGACCCUGAGGUGA